AUGACCAAAGAGUGUUUCAAGUGUUUCAUCUCGCGCGUCCGACUGUUAAUCGGGAGGUUGGAAGUUCAAGCCUUCCCGGGGACGUUUCUUUUUUGUUUUUAUCUCCAUAACCAACUACAUAUAAAGGCACCCCUUCUCCUUUUCCUUUGGUUUUUUUGGGGGUUUCUCGUCUCCGCCUGGUUGAUAUAA